GGGAUGGCGGGCUGGGGAGGCUUCUUCGUGUCACUCCUCAACUACAAGACAGAGAAAUAUGUCAUCGCGGAAAACCGGAAAAUCGGGAUAUUGUUUCGACUGUAUCAGCUGGCCGUGCUGGGAUACAUCAUCGGGUGAGUUUUAUGAGGGCCACUAAGGCCCCCUUUUUUAGGCAUGGAAUAAAGCAACCUUUUAAAAAUGGAUUCACAAAGUUAAAAAUAGUUAAGCUUCCCAAAUGCGUUGAGGGUUUUUUUUUUUACUGUUAAAGUCACAGUACCAUAGAGUGUCACAUUUAACUAUUUUGAACUGUGUAACUAUUGUGUGUCAAAGAGUUUUUGUUGUAGACAGGAAGCCCUCGCUGAGUGACGUCACGCUCGUGUGUGUGGCAGGAAUGAUGGAAAGUGAGCAGGUGACUCGGGCCGUUUGAGUCCAUAUAUCCGAUUUAGCCAAUAAAACUUAAGUUUUAGUGAAUGGCUGCAGGGGGAGUGUGCGGUAUAAAUUCCUAUUUGGCUUUGUGUCAUGUCCUGUACCUCGGGAGGGUUCUCUGUGGGUGCGGCUGACACCCCCAGAUGCAAAUGGAUGUGAUGAAUAGUUCAACGCGGUUUAAGUGGAGAUGCAGAAAGUUCCACGAUGCAGGGGAGGAGAUAUUUACACAGCAUGACAUCAGCAUGACGCUGGUGAUGUCCGACCAACGCGCUGCGCCGAUGCAUGGAACCCCAACUCACCAUAACGCGUCAGGAUGUUUUGAUGAACGUCUCAGGUGGGUGUUCGUGGUGAAGAAGGGUUACCAGGAGAGAGAAGAGGCCCUCCAGACGUCAGUCAUCACCAAGCUUAAAGGUGUUACACUGACCAACAGCUCAGAGACCGGGCUUCAACUGUGGGGUGCUGAGGAUUAUGUCGUACCCCCGAAUGGUGACCAGGUGUUCUUUGUAGUAACAAAUUACAUAGAGACCCCAAACCAGAGGCUGGGGUUCUGUGCUGAGAGCUUCAAGGUGCCAAGUGGACGAUGUCAAAGUGACGCUGACUGCAUCGAGGGGGAGACCGUAAUAGCAGGCCAUGGAAUAAAGACCGGCUUGUGUUUGAACAGCACCGGGACCUGUGAGAUUCAGGCCUGGUGUCCCGUUGAAUCCGGCCAGAGACCCACAGAGCCCUUACUCAGCGAAGCGGAAAACUUCACCAUCUACAUAAAGAAUUUCAUCAGGUUCCCAAAGUUUGAAUUCUCCAAGUCCAACGUCCUUGAAACCUCAAAUGACAGCUACCUGAAAAGUUGCACCUACGACAGCCAGGACGACGUGUACUGCCCCAUCUUCCGCCUCGGAGAUCUGGUCAGCUGGACUGGAUACGACUUCCAGGACAUGGCUGCUAAGGGCGGGUCCGUCGGCAUUCUCAUUGAGUGGGAAUGUGACCUGGAUAAGGACUCCUCACAGUGCAAUCCACAGUACAGCUUUUCCCGUUUGGACAUGAACUUGAACAAUUCGGUCACAUCGGGAUACAACUUCAGGUAUGUGGCUUCACACAUUCAGCAAGAAAUAAACCAUCCGACAAAUAAACCCCCUGUGACCUGCUUUAUUGCCAUGUUUUAUCGACUGAUUUGCACCUCCAGAUAUGCCAGGUACUACAAGGAUCAAAAUGGUGAAACCUUCCGCACUUUGUAUAAAGUGUACGGGAUUCGCUUCGAUAUAAUGAUCAAUGGACAGGCGGGGAAAUUCAAUAUUGUUCCCACAAUAAUUGCCAUCGGCUCUGGCAUUGCCCUGCUCGGUGCAGGAGCCUUCGCGUGUGAUAUGAUACUACUGUACAUGAUGAACACAAGCUCCUUCUACCGAGAGAGAAAGUUUGAGAUCAUCAACUUCAAGAAUGAUAAGAGCAAACCCAAGGAUGGGAAGACAGGGCAGCGGGAGAGAAGAAACAAGAAACCAGCUGCGGAGAAGGAGGCCGCCAACUCCCUCAAAAAGCCAGAGGACACCGAGGCUGCCGCAGGGAGCCAGCUGCCGGAGGACAAACGGGGUCCCACAGUCCCACGCAACACAGGACAGCGAUACUCUGCCAUGGUCCCUCCCCACGGUGCAGAGGCGAGGCGUCACAUCACCAUAUCUUCACACAAUUAGGUUAAGCAGGCAGACCAAGACCAAUCACCUGCAGCAGUCUGCGAGAGGUGGAACCCAAAGACGGACAGAUGCUCAAUUGUCACCUACUGGCACGACUGCUGGAAUGCAGAGUGAUGCUUGACCUGAGUACUAGCACAUUGGUCCAGAGAAAUGUAAAUGUUCAGCACUGGAAGCAAGCGCCAGGAAGCAGAUACAUACACGAUACAUCCAAAGGGUCCAAACCUGUCCAAAACAGGUCCGGGGAUAAAAUGACAGAAGUGAUUCAUCUAAGACUUCAAGUCGAAUGCCAAAUAUUGGCAGAUUACUUUGUGAAUAAUAAUGCAAAUAAUUCAUUUUACCGUGCAAAUGAAGGUUUGGCGAUUAUUUGCCUGUUGACCAGACUAAUUAAGCAAAUAUACAGUUUGCAUCAUAUGAUUACUAAGGAUUUAUUUUGACAUUUCAUGGAAAAGUACUAGCUGUGAAGUCAUCAACUUCAAUAGCAGGAUUGGAUUAAGUAAAAUAGACAUUGCCGGCUAAUAAAUAAAAUCAAGUUGUCCCUGCUAAAUCAAGUCACAAAACCCCUUAAUGAUUGAAGUAUAGAUAAAAAAAUUAACUGCACCAAGAAGCAAUAUGAAAAAAUAAGUUAACGGUCUUAAUUGUUGGCACUUCUGUUGAAUGCAUCAUGCACUUCUGUUAAAUAUGAAUGUACUGUUAAACACUAAUCCUGCUUUCUGUCGACGUUGAGCUCAGCCAGGCAAGGUCUACAACACAAUCUUAUUCAUGAUACUUACACGUGAAGCUGUGGAAUGUAGUUGUAAUGUCCUACAAGUCUACUGAGUGCUAACGUUCACUGGCUGAUUGUUAUUGAAUGGUGCAAUGCACAGACUCUUUUGUUUGUUACUAUUUAUUAAAUGGUCUUUGAAAUACAA